AUGUCUACAAAUGCAUCUGCCUCGCCAGUGGAGGCGAGUGUAUCGUCGCUGCCAACAGGGCGCCCAACCGUGUGUGAAGCUGCAUGUAAUCGUGGAUCGUUGACGGGAGAAAACGUGGGGUCAGAUAAUCAAAACCACCGCCACAUCCUUUCAGUUUUGGUUGACGUUUUGAAAGGUCACGGGGAAGACAAAAUAUUGGCGAGUCGUGCGAGGGCAAUUGUAGUCGUUGGUGUAGUUUCAUUUCUGUUAGCGACAGCAUGUGCCUCAAUGUCCCUCGUGACAGCGUACAGGAAGGAACUGUACGCGUACGGUGCUUUGGAAUUCCUACUUGCUCUUCUAGUUCUUUUCUUCUCGUGCCAAGCUGGAAUAUACAAAGGUACCACGCAUUGCCUCCUCUUCGCUGCAUCAUCUCUGUGCAUGGCGUUCCUGCAAAUCGUCCUGAUAUCGUUCGGAGUUUUCACAGUAAUCACCCUCGAGGAGGAGCUGGAUCGCGUAGACGACACAAGCGCUGAUCCAGCAGAGCUGCUUAUGGAUAUUGCUCUCCGCAUUUUGCAGUGCUUCCUGUCCGCGGUUACACUGUUAUCCUACUCCGUCAGCACAUGCAUUGGGUUUCGUCUAAGAGAGUACCUCCUCCAACCUCCCAUUAUCGUUGUUGCGAGACAAGAAGACGCACAGAGCAUCCCUCAUCAAAGCGUUCGCCUCGAACCUCCAUUUUAG